GGUCAUUUUGUGUACCUAACGGAGAUUCCCACAAAUCACGUGACCGCGUCGUGUGGUGACAUCAGCGGCCCUCGACCCAGUUGUUCAGUCGGAGUCCAGAGAACCAGGAGGAGGAGCGGGGAGCGUGCAUGUCGGCAGCUACUCUCAAGUAAACAUUACAGAUUGUUGCUGCAGAGUGAGCAUUUCUUCACACAAUGUCCCAGGACAAGAGUGGAUACCCUGUAAUGGGUGAGACAAACCCACUUCAUAACAAUGUCUACGGACCCCCUCAGCCAGGUUUCGGCAUGCCCCCUCCCAACUACAGCCAAGCCCCAGGGGGACCGUACCCACCAGCCGCCGGAUAUGGACAGCCUGGCUUCCCACAGGCAGGCCCAGGUUUUGCCCCUGGUCCAUACCCUCAGAUGCCUUACCCUCAGAUGCCCUAUCCACAGGGACCCUACCCUCAGGGGCCUUAUCAGCAAGGACCCGGACAGCCAGGCUUUCCUGGCGACCCGAUGGGAGCACCUGCAGGCAGUCCUGGAUACCAUGGCGAUGGCCCUCCAUCUUACUACGACAACGAGGAGUUCACCAACUCUGGUUUUGAGGACAAGACUAUCCGACAAGCUUUCAUCAGAAAAGUCUUCAUGGUUCUAACAGUGCAGCUGCUGGUCACUUUCUCCUUCGUUGCCGUCUUCACCUUUGUCGCUGAUGCCAAAAACUUUGUGCGUCGUAAUCCAUGGACAUACUACGUGUCAUAUGCAGUCUUCUUUGUGGCUCUAAUCGUCCUGAGCUGCUGUGGAGACUUCCGCCGCAAACACCCCUGGAAUUUGGUUGCUCUGUCCAUCCUGACGCUGAGCCUCUCCUACAUGGUGGGCAUGAUCGCCAGCUUCUACGACACAGACACAGUCAUCAUGGCUGUGGGCAUCACUGCAGUGGUCUGCUUUACCGUCGUCAUGUUCUCACUACAGAGCAAGUACGACUUCACUUCAUGUCGGGGCGUGCUGUUUGUGUGCCUGAUCGUGCUGCUGCUCUUCUCCAUCCUCUGCAUUUUCAUCCGCCACAAGAUCCUGCACAUCGUCUAUGCCUCACUUGGAGCCCUGCUCUUCACCUGCUUUUUGGCUGUUGACACUCAGCUUCUCCUUGGCAACAAGAAGCUGGCCCUGAGUCCAGAGGAGUACAUAUUCGCUGCCCUCAACCUCUACACCGACAUCAUCAACAUUUUCCUCUACAUCCUGGCUAUUGUGGGACGCUCCCGCGAAUGAGGCAGCACUCGCAAGAGAACAGCAGCAAGACAGAGAAUGCCUCCCUUUAGUGUGAAACGUUGCUAACAUACCCUUUCCUUCUGACUCAUUUAACUUUUUCCCAAGAUUCUUUGUUUCCCUUCCUAUCACACACACAGUUCUGUUUUUCAAACAGGUAGUAGUGACGUGAAGGAAAUGCAGCCUGUCGUAAGAUGAAGCUGAGAGGAGCACUUAUUUAUUUACUCGAAAGCAAGUCUUACCAUUAAUGACAGAAUGAUCUGUCCUCAGUUUUGACCACUCCGCUCGCUCUAACUGUCCUCUGCUUCUACUAACACAGAUGGUCUAUGUCGACAUCACCUGCCCCCCGAUUUUCCUGCUUGGCUCGGCACAGUGCAGAAUAAACCAUUUUAUCCUGUGGGUGCUUGGCACUCAGCCUGGCCUUGCUGUAGAGAUUUAACAGAAAAUGAGUGGGGAAGAUAAUGCUAAAUAUUGAUGCAAACCACCUUUGCCUGAAGAGAAGUUAGUGUUAGAAAUACCCUCCUCCUUCAGAUCUGUCUGUUUCCCCAAACGUAUCUUUCAGCCUGCUGGUGUGAAGUAACUCUGCAUGGCAAAACUGGACACACAACUAAAGAUGUGGUAUGAUUCUCUAGAGCUACCAGAGGAAUACCUCUAGCUUGCUUGUCACAGCUGUAAAUAGUUAAGUGUAUUACUGUAUAUGAUACCAGUAUCCCCCCCUACCUCUGAAAGGCAUGCUGGAGCAAUUCAAAUGGAUGUGUUGCUUUUUGGAAAAAUGUGCUUUAACAUACAGUCCAGCAACUAAAAUCUUUUAAUGGCAUAAGAAUGAAGAUCAGCGUUGGAUGUAUAUGACAAACAUAAAUUAAUAUUUAUAAACAGUAUAUUCUUACAGAAGAUCUUUUCAAAAUAAAGACAUUUUUGUUCUCCAAUUAUUUGUGUAACUCCAAAGCUAAGAUGUUAUCUUACUUUUCCUUCAUCUUUUUUUUUUUAUCUUUACUAUCCCCUCUUGUCUGGUCAAUAAUGUGAAGUGAAAUUCAGUGUUGUAUUUAUUUUUUUUCUCAUUACAACUAAUAUUUAAGAUACUGGCAUUUGUGGCCACUUUAAAUUAAGCUGGUCCUUUUCAUACUAUUAUCAGAUUAAUGGACACUGGACUUGAAGGAAAUGAAAGAUACGACUUGUCUGCUUAUUGAGUUUGAUGUAGAUAACAGGGUUGCUUUGCAGGUGGUGUAAAGCAUAGGAAAAAAGAAACUUGGACUUUUGAGUUGAUUGUGAAUCCGUAACACACUGGUUACACACUUGCUUAAGGUGAAACACACAAAAUAAGCUAAAAUGCACUGGAGGCCAAAAUACUCAUACAUCCCAACACACACAAGUUGAAUAAUAUAUUAAUCUUGAAUCUUUUUAUUCUGUAAUUUCUGUUUUGAUUCUCACCUCUUGCAUGAGCCACUCCUCAUUUGCAUGUGCUGAUAAUGCACACAGUACAGCUGCUGUGUACUGAAACUAUCUGGGGAGACAAUGUUGUAAGGCAGCCCUGUUAGACCUUUUUUUUUCUUCUUUUUUUAAGUUAUUGUGUUUGUAUCUAACUAAUGUGCAAGUGUAUAUAGACCUCCUUAGUGGUUUGACGUGUAUAGGUAAAGUCAGUUUUGGGCUUUGUAGGUCUGUUCGCAUUGUAUAUUUGCAUCAAAUUGAAGUUGAACUGGAUUCCUCAACACAGCUGUUUGCUUUUCAUUAAAACUGAUACAAUGUAAA